AUGUCUCAAUGCUGCCACUGCUUCAAGGAGGCCAAGAGUGAAAUUACUGCUGACGGUGCUUCUAACAACCUUGCCGAACUCUGGGCCCUCCUCGACUUUGUCCUACCCAAGAUAUUCAACUCCAUGAAGUCAUUUGACGAGUCGUACAACACGCCAUUCGCGAACUCGGGUACAUGGGACAAGAUCGAGUUGAACGAAGAGGAGGCUCUGCUCGUCAUACGGCGGUUGCAUGAGAUGGAGAAGGCAGAUGAAGAAGCACAAAUGAUCGCCAAUGAGAAGGAUGUGAAGGGGUACAUUCGUGCGAAGGGUUUGAGCAAUGAUGCAUUGGUUGGGUCGGCUGGCAAACUCGAGUCGCAUAUCCUUCCCAAGUUCUUUGCAAUCCUUCCAAUGUUUCGCCUAGGCAAAAACCCAGAAGACUACCCCGAUGCUAAAUUUCAGCCUCAUGUGCAAGUCGCUUUGAGAUUAAAAGCAAAGGGUGGAAGCGCCCGUAACGGCGACGUUAUACCCUAUGUGUUCUGCGUCGCUCCUGGUGAAGAGACCGUGAAGACUGCACAAGCAGAUCGCGCCAAGCAUCCAGACGAAAUCAAGAGGGCUGCAGGGGAACUUACCGUGGAUUACGAGCACUACCUUGCUAACCAGGUCCUACCACCUAUUGAGCGACUGUGUGAGCCUAUUGAAGGGACAGAUAGGGCACGGCUUGCUGAGUGCCUUGGACUGGACCCGGGGCGUUAUCGUAUUAGUGGAAGCACGCCGGCCGGAUCAACGCUCACAACAUUAGAUUCCCUCGUCUCUGAUGCAGAGCGAUUCCGCGACGUGGCCCCAUUCCUUGUACGCUGCCGCGGGUGCGCAGGACAGAUGGCGUUUCCUCCGAUCUACGAUAGAGAUGGCCAACCUGCCCCGCGUGCAGUGCACAACCACCCCUUCACUCUUUUCCAGAACCCCAGCGAAGCGUCCGUCCCUUCCGCAUUCGCCUCUGCAUCUCGCUCUGCCCGAAUCGCUGCAUCUGCCCUAAUCAUUACAUCCGUCCAGUGGCGCCUCCUCACUUGUCCGCAAUAA